AUGCUGAACGGCAAUGGAAGCCACACUGUGGCUGCGUCCUGGGAGGAAAUCGCGGCUCGAAAGCGGCACGAUCGCGAAGUGCUCUUGUCUCAUUGGGCCGACAGCAGAGCCCUCGAACCGGCUCCAUCCAAUGGCUCCAUAACGCGUCUUACCAUCCUCACGCCUCACCAGAUCGAGAUCACCUCGUUGCCCGCACACCAAAUCGUCAAGGCUAUCGCGGGCAGAGUGUAUACUUCCGUUGAAGUCGUCACUGCGUUCAUCCGAGCAGCGGUCAUCGCACAAGAUACGACCAAUUGUCUCACGGAAAUCUGUUUUCAAGAAGGCUUGGCACGAGCUCAAGAACUAGACGAUUAUCAGAAUCGCACUGGACGCACGGUUGGUCCGCUGCACGGUCUCCCAGUCAGUAUCAAGGAUCAUAUAGAUGUUAGAGGUACGGACGGGGCGAGUGGAUUUGUCGGAUGGGCGUACAAUCGAAUCGCGGCGAAGGAUGCAGUGAUUGUUCGGUGUAUCCGAAAGGCUGGCGGAGUAAUCUAUGGCAAGACAUCGAACCCUCAGUCGCUUUUAGCCAUCGAGACGAACAACAACAUCUAUGGUCGGACCACGAAUCCUUAUAAUCGUGAUCUCAGUGCUGGGGGGAGCUCAGGCGGGGAAGGCGCCUUGAUCGCUAUGCGAGGCAGCCCACUUGGAGUCGGCACAGACAUAGCAGGUAGUAUCAGGAUUCCUGCUCUUUGGAACGAUAUAUGGGGUCUGAAACCCAGCGUGGGUCGACUACCACAUACCGGUCUUCAAGGUCCACACGAAGGAAUGGACGCAAUCUUAGGAUGUGUCGGUCCCCUCGCGCCAUGCUUGGAGGACCUAUCCUUAUUCUGUGAUUCUAUCCUGUCAGAGCAGAUGGCACCGUGGAACAUGGAAGCCCAGACGUUGUACCACCCUUGGCGUCGAAUCGAUCAUCCGUCAGAUAAAAGACUCACCAUCGCCAUCAUGAUGGAUGAUGGAGUCGUUUUACCUCAUCCGCCGAUCCUCGCGGCAAUGGAGGAGAGUGUGAGGAGACUCAAAACGCAAGGACAUGAGAUUGUCCGUUGGAAACCUUACGCUACGAAAGAAUCAGACGAAUUACUCUUCACCCUCUUCCUCCAGGAUCAAGGACAAGAAUACAGAGAUCAUUUGGCUUUGUCCGGAGAACCGGCGGUCCCGUCCAUCGAGUGGCUGUUGACAGAAAAGGCCCCUUUGAUGGGUUUGAACAAACCGAAUGAUGUUUGGCCGCUUGUGCGCCUCAGAGAGUACUUUAGGCAGGCAGCCGUGGACAGGUGGACAGAUCUGGAAGAAUCGAUAGGACGCCCGGUCGACGCAAUCCUGUGUCCUGGGGCUCCGAGCCUUGCGCCACGACAUGACAGAUCGAGACACUGGAUGUAUACUGCUAUCUGGAACUUGUACGAUUGGCCGGCCAUCACGUUCCCAACUCGUCAUACGACCGUCACCUCCUCCACCUCCUCACCUUGGCCGCCUCAUGCACCCAGGUCGACCUUGGAACAAACUGUGUGGUCAGAGUGGGAUCCAAAUUGGUAUACUGAUGCCCCGGUCGGUCUCCAACUUGUCGGAAGAAGACUACAGGAAGAGAAGCUGCUGGCAGACAUGGCAUUGAUAGAAAGGGCCUUGUCGUUAUCAAGCGAUGUGGCAUCAUAA